AUGAAGUUAGAAGGAACAGGAGUCUGCAGCUUUUCACUGCCUGGAAUAACUAUAGUUUAAAGAUCAUUGCGCAAAACAGGAUGUAUAGUCAGGAUACUAUGUUGCAAACUGCCUAACCCAAAGGCAAAAACUUGAAUUUAUUUCUGUGUUUUGGCAAGCCUUGGAGUUGGGUUUUGCAGAAUUUCAAAAAGAAUUCACGAUCUCUUGGAGAGUGCUUUCCGUCAGUCCCACUUCAUGGCAUGACCUCUGCUGGGUUAUUAAUUCCAGCCAGCAAAGUAGCAAAGGGGACAUGACGUCUGAGACCCCCCCCCCUCCUUCUUUCAUCAUUGGGACUGACUGAGCUGGGGGCUUGAAGCUGGAGGUAAUCCUUGCUGUCUCAUGUUGUCUUUAGAGAAUGGCAAUGGUCUCUGCAAUGUCCUGGGUCCUGUAUUUGUGGAUAAGUGCUUGUGCAGUGCUCCUGUGCCAUGGAACCCUUCAGCACACCUUCCAGCAGCACCACCUGCACAGACCAGAAGGAGGGACAUGUGAAGUGAUAGCUGCACACAGAUGUUGUAAUAAGAAUCGAAUCGAGGAGAGGUCACAAACAGUAAAGUGUUCCUGUCUGCCUGGAAAAGUGGCUGGAACGACAAGAAACAGACCUUCCUGCGUCGAUGCCUCCAUAGUGAUUGGGAAAUGGUGGUGUGAGAUGGAGCCUUGUCUAGAAGGAGAAGAAUGUAAAACACUACCUGAUAAUUCCGGUUGGAUGUGCGCUACAGGCAAUAAAAUUAAGACCACAAGAAUUCACCCAAGAACCUAAUGGAAGCAUUUGUUAUAGUAGCAAAGGAAAACCACCUCUGCAGAAAAUACAUUUUAAGAAUUUAAAACAUCUUACACAUUACAAGCCAAAUGGAUUUCUUAUUUGCACUUUGACUGGUUACCAGAAAAUCACAGUGCUUUUACUGUGUGUCAUGAAGUAUCCUAUAGUGAGAAGACCCUGCAUUUUUGGCAACACCAUGGAAAGUGGGUUUAAAAAAAGGGUUUUCUCCGUGAAAAUUUUUGGGAUUAUGAAGAACGAUCAACUAUCUUCUAAUUUGGAUCUAUAGUUACUUUGUACCAUUUUAAAUAUAUGUAUAUAUAUAAUAUUUUGAAAUAUUAUAUAUUCUCUUCAAGAAAUGAACAAUACCACAGUUUGAGGCGGCUGGUGUACCUCUUUGAGUUUGGAUGUCUUGUUUUGUUUUGUUGCAUUUCUUUUUCUCUUGGCGAGGAAGACAUGUGCCCUUCUGAAAUUUCAACAUGGCACUCACGCUGGAAGGCCAGCUACAGGUGGACUCCUGGAAUCUGAGGCAUCAUAACAAUACUGAAUCGAGAGCUUCCUUCUGUUUCUACCAGAUGGCCCAAGGAAGCACAUCGUCCUGUUUUAUUGCUUUCUACCCUGUGCAAUAUUAGCAUGCAAGCUUGGCUUACAUAACCAUACUUUAUAUUCAAUUGAUAUAUAAUAACCAUCCUAACCUCUUCCAGGAAAGUAUUUUUAGAACUACUAGCUUUUCCACAGAUAAGAAAAAUAAGAAUUCUUGAGGGAGCUGCUCCACCGUGCUAUUAAGACUCUGGCAAAAUUAUGGUAGAAUACGGAUCCCUGUAUUAAUAAGUUCUGUAAAUACAAUGUCUUAAGGCUUUGUAUAGCUGUCCUAGACUGCAGAAAUGUCCUCCAAUGAAAUCCAAAGUCUGGCAUCAUUAAGUACAUAGUGCUGUAGCAACAAGUCUUAUCAUGGUACCUCUUUCUAUGUUUGAUUUGCUUUUUUCAUGAGUAUUCAAAUCUCUUCUGGUGAGAUAGGAAGACCAUUAAAGCAAUUAGGUUUCAAAGUGAUCUAUGUGACCAAAUGCUGGACAGCCCUAUUAAAGUGGUAAAUAACUUCUUUCUAAA